AUGUCUGAAAAGAUGGUUACAAACCAGCCGCGGCCUUUCAUCAUGAACACAACAUCCAACCAGUGGACGUCUGGCAUCUGUGACUGCUUCCAAGACGUGCCUCAGUGUUGCUUUGCAUUUUGGUGCUUCCCCUGCUUCACCUGCAUAACAGCUCGCGAUGCCGGGGAGUGUCUCUGUUUACCUCUGCUGGACGGUUUUGGAGUCAUUCCUCCCAUAACCACAGCCAUCAGGGGUUCAGUGCGCCGGCGAUACGGCAUCGAGGGGACCAUCUGCCAAGACUGUGUGUAUGCCUUCUUCUGCUACUCCUGCUCCUGGUGUCAGAUAGCCAGAGAGAUGAAGACCAGGAGCGACCCCAUCACGUUCGUCAACAUGUCCCCCAAAUAAGAACAAUUCAC